AUGAAUCACCAACGCCGGUAUAAUGUAGAGCGCUCAUGCCUACGCUGCCACGAGCACAAGAUCAAGUGCGACAAGGGCACACCAUGCAGCAAAUGCAUGCGACAGAAGGUGGCCUGCCAGUAUCCAGGUCCGAGCCGAAUCAAGCGCCAACCUCCGAAGAAGAGCACAGCCGAUGUUGCGGCACGGUUAGAGCAGCUUGAACAGUUCAUCACGACGAUGGUCAACGAACGAACGACUAGCUUGAACAGUCAAAACCACGGCCCAGGCACAACAUCAUCGAUGCCGAAUGGCCGAUCCGACUACAAGCCACCAUCAAACCACCCAGCUACAGCGGACCGUCACGCCUAUCUUGGGUUCCUUGACAAAGACGGCCGGUAUAUCAAUGAGCCUUUCCUCUCGCGGGUACUGGAGAAAGAACAGGAACUAAAGUCCGCAAUUGGAUCACCGAUUGAUGCAACUAGUCCGCGCCGACUACCGGCAUUGAGGGCAGAUGGCCUCUUCAAAAACCCGCUCUCGGCUCAGAUUGACGCCCAGGAGCUGUUUCCAAGUCGCUGGGAGGGGGUUUUUCUCUGGCAGACGUUUCUCAGCCGUGUGGAGCCCAUGGUAAAGGUCAUUCACGUUCCAACUGCGCAAUCGCACAUCUUUGCUACCAUUAACCGACCCGAGAGUGUGCGUGCUGAUCUACGUGCUUUGGUCUUUGCUAUUUGUUUUGCCGCUACAACAACGUUGCUUUCGGAUGAUACUCAGAAUGAAGAUCGGCAUGCCGACCUGCGCCGAUAUCAACAGGGGAUGGAAUUGUCUUUGUAUCAGUCCGAGUUUUUGGAUGCUCCAACUCUUAUUUCGCUGCAAGCGAUGGUAAUAUAUCAGACAUGCUUUCGAUUUAGCAAUCCCGGCCGGUCUGGCUGGACUUUACACGGCGUAACUAUUCGAGCCGCACAGUCAAUUGGCUUCCAACGAGAUGGAAAAAACUUCAAACUUCCACAAUUGGAAUGCGAGCUACGCCGACGAACAUGGGGGCAUAUCCAAUCGGCCGAUAGUCGAGUAGCAGAAGACCAUGGGCUUAGCGUCCCGGAAAGCGACUACGGCGACACCGAACUCCCGCUGAAUAUCGAUGACCAAAGCUUAUCAGAGACGAACACCGCCCCAGCCGUAUCGCAGAACCGAUGGACCGAGAUGACAUUCUCUCUAAUCGUAAUCGAAAUAAACCGGGGGAGGCCUGCUCUACUUCGAAGCAUAGUGGGGGCAGCCGAUCCAGAGCGACUCAUUGCCGAGUUUAAAGGCUCGAUAGAGGAUAAAUACCUGCGACACUGCGACCCAGACAUCCCGGUCCAGCGCUUUGGCUUCCUGCUCGGAAAACUACUUCUCAUAAAGACCGAAGUGUGCGUUCGACAGAAACAGCUACAGUCACAGGGAUCAGCGGCCUGCUCGUUAAACCAUCAUAUUGUCCAAGAGAUGCUAGCGAAAGCUUGCGAUGGCGUGGAGAUUGGCCUCGAGAUGCACAACAACGAAUUACUCCGCGGCUUCCGUUGGCUGAUGAUGACUUUCACCCAAUACCACCUCAUCACCUACAUUCUCUGGGUUCUGUGUGUUUAUCCCACCGGUCCACAUGUCGACCGAGUUUGGCGCGCUAUCGAUAUGCUGUUCGAUCUGACUGAUGACCCCUCUUGGCCAGAUCCCGGGCCCAAGUGGCCGAUGAUUGUGCAGUUGCGGGAUAAGGCGCGGUGCAUUCGCCAGGCACAUGAUUCUGCUGAACGGACUCAGCAAAUUGUUGACGAUAAUUGUCCUCUUCGUGUUGAUGGGACUGGGACUGGGGAUUGUCGGCCUGAGGUAGGCUUCGAUAUCGAUAAUUGCGAUCCGAACUUUGCCGAUUUUUCAGAUUGGAAUUUCCUGGCUCAUAGUCUUUCUCUCUUGAAUUGA